AUGAUAUUUAUUGGUGAAAUUUGCUCACUGACAGAAAUAGUAAAUCAUAGUAUGUCCAAAUAUGCCAGAAGUAUUAUUAGUAUAAAGGGCUUUCUGAAAGAGUACAAUGUUUAUCCAGCUGUAAUAAAUCAGUAUUGGAAAUAUGUAUGUCAUUUGUGGGAAAGUACAAGAGGAGUACAGUUUCCUACAUUUUUAAGUGAAGCUCCAUACCAUCUACAAGAAAGCAUCAAAGUAUCUGCAUAUGGAUAUCAUAUUUAUUCUAACUACGUUUUUGGUCAAUGUCAUCCAGAUUUUCUGCGCCAGUUGAUUGCACAACUGAAAUACGAAGUAUAUUUUUAUGGAAAUUACGUUGCUUUCCAAGGAGACAUUAAUAAUUGUAUCUAUUUUGUUCAUUCUGGCCAAAUCAGUGUAAUACAAGAGCAUCAAGACAGGUCAGAAAACAUCGUAGCUGAACUGAAGACUGGUGAUGUAUUUGGAAUGGUGCAAGGUUUAUAUGAAAAUACACCAUAUAACUACACUUACCGUGUUGCGAGACUUAGUGUUAUUUUAACGUUGAAAUUUUAUGACUGGAAUUACCUGCUACCGUUUUUCCUACCUUCAAGAGAGGAAAUCUACAAGAAGGUUAACAGUAUACCUCAGAGUGAGUGGUUGUAA